ACGUUCCUAUUCUCGCGAGAGAGGCGCACGUUCGCGUACUAACGUUGCAUCCGCCUUGCUCAAUGUAUUUGUUGUAGCUGUCCCGCUGCUGAGAGGAGUCAAGUCAAGAUGAAAACCACAGGGCUAGCAGUUUGUCUUGUGUUUGUUCUCUCUGCUUCAGUAACCUGCACAGAUUCGCCACCUAGGCAACUAAAUACGGAAAACAUCCUGAUUAACGUGACAGCAGGGACAUUGGCUGAUACACAGUUACAGGAUGCCAACAACUUGCAGAUUAAUUUAAACAUAUCGGUGGGUGAAGAGCAGGUGCUGGUCAAUGACAUCCCAGUGGAGCUGUCAGGGGUCACCAGGUUCAACUGUCAAGCUCUCCUCUACAGCAUCAAUGGAAGCAGUGACUUUGAAUCCGGGGACUUGGUGACCACUGUCACCCGAGUGAUGGUGAGCCAGAACCGAUUAUACAGCGAUUCAGAGGAGGUGGUGGCUCUGCAGGUGUUUAGUGAGGUCAUAGAGUUGGAGGGCAAAGAGGUCCAGCAGCCUGACAUGUGUGAGGUGAAAAUACUGAUGAGCCCAGAUUUCCAGAAACUGGCUCAGUUCACCAACAUCUACCCCAUUGGACACAGUGAGAUCUUCAGGGUUCCCAGGGAGAAAGAUGUUGUUGUCACAGAUCCACCAAAUCCUAGAAAAGAUGAAGAACAGCUGAUCUCCCAGACCACCAGCCAGUACCCCCUGAAGCACACAGAGACCACCCAAGAGGAAAUUGCAGCUCCAGGAAAGCUCCCAGAGACCCCUCUGCGUAUGGACCCUGACCUGCUGUAUGAUGUCAGAUACGAUGAUGAAUUUGAAGACAGAGAGCCGAGCCAGCCGGAUCAGAUUCAGAUGGAAACUCCACCCAAAGAAUUGAUAUCAUCCUACUCUGCCAUGUGUCAGUGGGUGGAGGAAGUGAGGGAGCGUCUGAGGCGCUUCAGCUCCGAGUCACUGCCUCUUUUCUUCCUAGUCAUGUGGGUGGUUGUCAUCGGUGUUGUGGGAUCAGCAGUCAUCGUCAAGAUCUUGGACAUCUUCUUCCCAACUUGUGAACACAAGCACAUUUUUCACCUAAACCCUGUCACUCUGAUGCCAGAGGAGGAGAAGCACACUCUGCUGGAGAACAUAGAAAUAGAAGCAGAGGAAGAAGAAAAGGAACCUUAAACAAGGAGUGACCUGGCAGCCCCUUCAUUUUAAGUUUGUUCGUAUUUAUUCUGCUGUUACUGUGUUAUAUUUUCAGCAUGGCCUGUUUUUUCUCUUUUCUUUUUUACUUCAGAUCUAUGGGCCACUUGGUUUUGUUUCCACAUUAGCUACUCUGAAAGCACAUUACAAUGGAACAGGAAGUGGUUUAAAGCCGUCUGCCCAUAUAAAUCUCUCAAAUGUAAUCACAUGAUCAAAAUUGGAGAAAAAAAAAAGUGUAAUUUAUAGUGCUGAAUUAUGAAGGCACUGCGAGCUCUGUGAGGUUUGAGUAUUGGUUUGUUUACCAGCAUCAGUGCUAUCCACUCAUCAUUAGUACAAAAAAAUCACUCUUUGCUCCUGUGAUUGGUCUGAUAGAAUUUUACAAAGUCACAAUGACUGUCACCUUUUGACAAGUAACUGAUCAGGCAUCAAGUAACUUGAGAUUUCUUUUAUCCAACUCUGGAUCCUAAAAUGUUGAACUAUUCCUUAAAGCCAACAUUGGUGAGACAUCCUCAGAGUGCUCAGAAAAAAUGGCAGUUUGAACAUCUGCAGUAAAGGAAACUCCAUUUACUGAUGAAAAUCUUGUUAUGAUCAACAGCUUCAGGACUGCAACUAAUUGGACCUUGAGGAUGGAUCUUUUCAUUUGCUGUAUGAUGUCAGCAAAUACAAGCAACACAUAUUAGAAUAGACAAUGGUUUAGUAAAGCUGAUAGGAGUACUAUAGAUUUACCAAAUAAAUAUGAACAAACUUAGUAUUGUAGGGGUUGCUUCUAAUGAUUUACAGUCUUUAUGUUCACUGAAAAAUACUUUCUAUAUGUAGCAGUUCUGUUCAGGUCACACUUUCUCUCAAGCUGUUUUUUAUUGUACCCCACUGCUAAAAAAAAAAAUGUGAAGAAAGGGAGCGAAGACACUAAAAUGACUUUAUUCAACAUAAUUAUUUAACGUGAGGCAGGCAUUAUCUCCUGUCUGAUGCAAAAAUAAAUACUUUAAGCUGUAAGAUAUUAAUUUGUUGUUACAUUUCGCUCUGAUGAUGCAAAGGCACUAUUGAUUCUGAAAAGACAAAGAUGCAGAUCAUAUUUUAUAAUGUUGUUAUUACAAAUCAUUUCUGCACAUUCAGUGACGAUUGUUUUCUUCCAGCACCUCUUCUAAACCCUGAAUGUCACUCAUGAAGGACACGUCCCCUCGAGGCCUGUUGCACACUGUUGAGGCUCACACAUUGAUUGUCUUUCUUCACAGUGCCUCAGUGACUAUUUGGGAACUCUGUCAGUAAAGGAGCGAUUAUGAUUUAUUUGUUUUUACUGAUUUUGUGUGUGGUAAUCUGUUGCUAUAAUGAAGAAUGUAAGUGAGUUUCUUUUUUUUGGGAUUUUCUAUGCACUCUAAACAUAUAAGACAAACUACUGCUAUCGUUGGACUGAUGUAAAAUCGUAGUAUUGUUAUUGGAAAGAUUCUGCACUUAGUUUUGAAUUCUGGGGUGAAAACUGAAUUUGAACCUGCAUGGAUGUUCCUUUUUUUCAAAAUGUCAUUUUGUAGUCAUCUCACCAUGAUGUAACAGCCAGAAGGACUUAAAUGAUACAUCUCCUGGCUAUCACUCCUAAUGUUUCACCAGGCUGUGUAUGAGGGGCCAAUCAGGUGGGCACAAGGCAGGUCAUUGGUCAAAUAAGCAGGUCUAAUUAAUCCAAAAGUUUGCAAGUUUCAGCACAGUUUUUGUUUGAUUUCAAAUGUAUGCUUUUUAAAGAAACACCCUUAAAACAUCAGCUUGUGCACCUCAGAGCAGUUGAGGUGGUGGUUUUGGCCCCCCGGGGUUCAGUUAAUCUGGAAAAUGCAUGAUGUACUGUGAUCGGUGCAUGUGUAGUCUAGCUAGUGAAUACAGUUUGCUGUUCUGUCAGCAAGUUAUACAUUAAAACUAGGAAGCUGCAUGAUGACUCAAAACAGCUCAACCUGUAUUCAGAUCAGUCUCAAAUUCCAAACUGAUGAACAACAAAGUGCUGUAGACACUAAAAUAUCCUGUAGGCAAACAACACGUCAGGCAUGAAAUCAACAGAAAUAUCUUUUCAUUUGUUCUUUGUUCUUUGCAGUAGACCCAUGUGUUAAUAUUUGAGACAUUUGUGUGCAUAAAAUGUAUGAAUUACAGCUGGACUGUGUAGUUGGGUCUAAAAUCCUGCUGAAUAAAUGCUUUCCUUAUGACAUCAA